GAGAGAGAAACCGAAGAGAGAGAGAGUGAGUGAAGGAAAGACCAAGUAAACGAAUCACUGAAUCAAACAACACGCCCCCUCUCUCAUAUCUCAUCACGCCUAUAAUAUAGUUGUCUCUCUCCUUUUCUCUCUCUGCGUAUGCAUGCUUUUCUUCCCCCUUUGCCCUAGAUCUUCCUGAAACAUUGGUGGGUUCGACAAGAUCUUUGAAUUGAAGCUGGAUUCUUGUGAAUCUUUGAUCUUCUUUGAUACUUCGGUGCAGCUAAGCUUUCAGGUUUAUCAACAUCAAUCUGUCAAAGGUUCAUUUUAGGCUUUUUAUAUUGGCUUCUUUGUGCUUGAGGAUGGUGAAUACAUAUAUUAAGGAGAUCUUUCGGAGGUGAUGCUGCGAUGCAUUUACUUAGAUGAAGACUGCACAAAUUUGGCAUCUAGGCAUUGGAGAUUUGCAGAUCCUGCCUAUGUCGCGCCACCGCCCUCCCAUGAAGAAACCAGUUUGGAUUAUUGUCCUGGUUUUAUUUGUAUGCAUGUUUCUAAUCUUUGCUUACAUCUACCCACCCAAAAGCAGUUCAGCCUGUUAUGUCUUUUCUUCUAGAGGUUGCGAUGUUAUUUCUCAGUGGCUUCCGCCUGUUCCUGCAAGGGAAUACACAGAUGCAGAGAUUGCAUCACAAGUGGUGAUUAGGGAUAUUUUGAGUGCGCCAUAUGUUCUUCCUAAAAAUCCGAAAGUUGCCUUCAUGUUUCUGACUCCUGGUUCCCUUCCAUUUGAGAAACUGUGGGAUAAGUUUUUCCAAAAUGCUUUUCUCUUCUUGACAGGGCAUGAAGGGAAAUUCUCAGUUUACGUGCAUGCAUCUAAAACUAGACCAGUUCACGUGAGCCGUUAUUUUGUUAAUCGGGAUAUACGCAGUGAACAGGUGGUGUGGGGUAAGAUUUCAAUGGUUGACGCAGAGAGACGGCUGUUGGCAAAUGCUUUACAAGAUCCUGACAAUCAGCAAUUUGUUUUACUUUCUGAUAGUUGCGUGCCACUGUAUAGUUUUGACUAUAUAUACGACUAUCUGAUGUAUACAAAUAUUAGCUUUGUCGACUGUUUUAGGGAUCCUGGUCCUCAUGGCAAUGGUAGGUAUUCAGAACAUAUGUUACCUGAAGUUGAGGUGAAGAAUUUCAGAAAGGGUGCGCAGUGGUUCUCUAUGAAGAGACAGCAUGCUAUUAUACUUAUGGCUGACAAUUUGUAUUACUCAAAAUUCCGUGAUUACUGCAAGCCUGGUCUGGAAGGGAAGAAUUGUAUUGCUGAUGAACAUUACAUGCCAACCUUCUUCAAUAUUGUUGACCCUGGUGGAAUUGCAAACUGGUCGGUAACUCAUGUAGACUGGUCUGAGAGAAAAUGGCAUCCAAAAUCAUAUAGGGCUCGUGAUGUCACAUACGAGCUUAUGAAGAACAUUACGUCCAUUGAUGUUAGUGUGCAUGUUACCAGUAAUGCCAAGAAAGAAGUACAAAGUUGGCCUUGCUUAUGGAAUGGGGUUCAGAAGCCAUGUUACCUAUUUGCUAGAAAGUUCACUCCUGAAACACUGGACAAUUUGUUGCUAAUUUUUUCCAAUUACUCCACACCUUGAGCCACACCUAUUCUUGAGUCGAUUCUUUGGUCAGAUCCAUCCGAUUGUUGCUUCUUUCGGCCCUCUUGUCCCAUUGUCAUCUCGGUUUCUGAUAUAGCAACAUUAUUGAUGAGUUGUAAAUUACAGCCAUUGUUGAGGCUUGAAUAUGGCCAGCCACCCUCAGAUAUAUAAGUACAUAUAGGGUUCAAGGGAAAAUGGCUUUGCAGUUAUAGGGUGGACCUUAAUUUGGAGAGGAAGUUAGCAGAGUGCGUUUGCUUCCAUGGAGAUGGAUAGCCUCUUCUCCUUUGGGUUAUCAAAUCUCAUUGCAUGACAAAAUUUUUGGGAGAAAUCAUAUCAGCUCAUUUAAAUGGUUGUUGUUGGUGUUGAUCUAUUUUUGUACAACUUGAGACAUUGUUUAGGAAGUAUUUGGAUAAAAACCAAACCAUGAUUU